AUGGGAACAACCGAUGAUUAUAACAUUUACAACAAGACCAUCGAUUAUAACUCAGAACAUAUUCCAUACCAGAGAAUUUAUACAAGGGAGAAACCCUACAAGUGCAAAGAAUGUGGUAAGGCCCUUAGUUCUUAUAAAACGCUUUCUAUACACCAGAGACUUCAUACUGGAGAGAAACCCUACCAGUGUAAAGAAUGUCAUAAGGCCUUCAAUACACGCUCAUCACUUUUUAUACACCAGAAAAACCAUACUAAUGAAAAAACAUACAAGUGUGAAGAAUGUGAUAAAUCAUUUUACUAUCUUCCAAUGCUGAAGCAACAUCAAAGAAUUCAUUCUGGAGAGAAACCCUUCAAAUGUGGAGAAUGUGGCAAAGGUUUUUAUUUCCCUUCAUACCUUAAGCAACAUCAAAGGAUCCAUUCAGGAAACAACCCCUACAAGUGUGAAGACUGUGGAAAAAGCUUUUCUUGUUCUCUACGCCUUCAGGUACAUCAAAUAAUUCAUACUGAAGAGAAAUCAUAUAAGUGUGAAGAGUGUCACAAAGCCUUUCGUUAUCACUCAUCCUUUUGGAGACACAUGAAAAUUCAUAUUGCAGAAAAGUCGUACCAGUGUGAAGUGAGUGGGAAAGAAUUUACUAAGCCUGCUUCUCUCAUUGGGAACAAGGCAGCUAACCCUGCAAAGAAAGCCUACAAGUGUGAGGAGUGUGGCAAGUGUUUUUGCUCGUCUUCAUCCCUUAGACGACAUCAAACAAUCCAUUCUGAAGACAAUCCCUAUAAGUGUACGGAGUGUGGCAAAAGGUUUUCCUACUUUUCACACCUUCAAGAGCAUCAGACAGUCCAUACUGGAGAGAAACCAUACAAGUGUGAGGAGUGUGGCAAAUGUUUUUCCUCCUCUUCAUCCCUUAGACGACAUCAGUCAAUGCAUUCGGAGGACAGCCCCUAUAAGUGUGGGGAGUGUGGCAAAUGGUUUUCCUGUUCUAGGAGUCUUCGGGAACACCAAGCAAUUCAUACUGGUGAGAAACUAUACAAGUGUGAAGAAUGUCACAAAGGCUUCCGUAAAUAUUCGACCUUUUGGAAACACAGGAGAGUUCAUACUGCAGAGAGAUCCUAUGAGUGCAAAAAGUGUGGGAAAUGUUUUUUCUCAUCUUCAACCCUUAGACGACAUCAGACAAGUCACUCUGAAGACUAUCCCUACAAGUGUGAGGAGUGCGGCAGAUGUUUUUGCUCAUACUUUUUCUUUAAACGUCAUCAAAUAAUCCAUUCUGAAGACAGCCCCUAUAAGUGUAUAGAAUGUGGCAAACGGUUUUCCUGUUCUAGGAGUCUUCGGGGACAUCAAGCAAUUCAUACUGGCGAAAAACCAUACAAGUGUGAAGAAUGUAAUGAAGCCUUUCGUAAUAGCUCAUCCCUUUGGAGACACAAGAGAGUUCAUACUUCAGAGAAAUCCUAAUAGUGUGAAGUGUGUGCAAAUAUUUUUCUUCAUCUUUGUGCCUUAGACAAUAUAAACACUCCACGCUUAAGACAAUUCCUCCAUGUGUGCAGAGUGUGGAAAAGUUCUCCUACUUUGCAUAACUUCAGGAACCUCAGACAGUCCAUACUGUAGAAAAACCAUCAAGUGUGAAGAGUUGGCAAACAUUUGUGCUCAUCUUCAUCUCUUAGGCAAGGAGAGAGACACACAGAAAAAGAGACAGAAUUCAUUCUGAACACAGUCCCUAAAAGGGUGGGGAAUGUGGUAAAGACUGUUAAUUUUUAUAGCCUUACUAGAUGCAUGAUUGUUCAUAUUGGAGAGAAAUACCACAAAUGUCUUAAAAAGUUUACACUUCAGCCCUUAAAACACAUCAGAUGUAUCAUUCUGAAUACAAACUUCAUUGAGUGCUGAGGGGAGAGGAGAGUAAUGAGGAGAUAGAUGCCAGCUAGCUGAUAAGAAAUUAGGAUAUGUAGAAAAUGAGACAACAAGCCAUGAGCCUCGUGACAAAGCACAGAUAAGUAAUAUGGGUUAAUUUAAAUGUAAGAGUACUGGGAAACUAACUCCUAAUUCCCAACAGGUCUGAUGCCCUGGGAAAGAAGUCAGCACAAUGAUGAAAUUGUGAUCACCUGUUUCAAGCAAGUAGCCCUUGAUAGCCUGAACCAUUUUUAUUUAUACACUUUCAGUAGUUUGCAUGAACAAUUUUACAGUCAUGUUUCCUUAAGUUUCUAGUUAUAAGUACAAUAAUUGCCAAUUGGUUCCCAUACUUUAUUCCCUUUUUGUCCCUCAACUUUCCCAUGGUAAUCAUUACCUAUUUGAUUUGUAGCUUUAAUAUUAGAAACAUAAGCAGUAUAGCAAGCUACAAAGGAAGUUUUCUAACUAGGCACACCUACAGGUCGCACAGUAUGUCUAGCUGGCAGCACUUAUCAUUAAAGCGUCAGGCAAAGUGACAGAAUUUUGCCUCUAAACUACAUAACUAAAAAGGUUACUCUUAAUAUUUGGCACUGCUUAUCCCUUAUUUCAUGUCCUGCUCUCACCUUCCUACACUAUUGGCACAGCUGUUAAAAUGAGGGCAUUGUGGACUUGUAUGAUUCUCUUCAUUCUCUGUUCCUAUUUUGAUUUUUAAUUGAA